CCACGAAUCUUUUGUUCGAGAAGUGACCCCGCGAAGAUAAAGAGUUCUUGCAUUCCCGCGGGAAUUCCGUUUUCUGUCCUCGUUCGGAUGUGGCGAUAGCGUUCGCUUUGUACAUAGAGUAGAGUUUCGCGCGGCAACAUCAAACAUAUCCUGCUCAACGGCGCCUGCAAAGGUUCCGAUUUCGCUCAUCCUCCGUAACAAAACCCAGCAGUAUGUCGGUGACCAAGUUCGAUCUGCAGAAGGUGCACGAGAGAUUCAACGAGAGCCUUUCGGGAGAAGACGAUGUCUACGUGGACCAGUAUCUGGAGGCAUUUAAGGAGUUAUAUAAAUUUUUCCAGCUCAUGGGAACCGUGUUCGGAUUCGUGAGCAGCGACGUGAAAGAAAAGGUGGAGAUCCUUGAGAAGCUGCGAGCGAAAGAGAAUGCCGAAAGCUUUCUCACCAUCCGCACGAUGAUGGAGUACGAGCGGGAUUCGAAUUUGCUCAACAAAAAGGACUACGUGUCCGGUAGCCGGACACUGCUACGGCUUCAUCGUGGACUGGAUUUUAUACAGGAAUUUUUGAAACGUAUUGGAGAACUGGAGGCCGAUGGAAAAACGAAUGGAGUUUGUCAGGCGGCGUACAACGAUACCCUUGCUCAAUUUCAUCCUUGGAUCAUCCGGAAAGGUGCUAACGUUGCCAUGUACGCACUCCCCACGAGGGACCAGUUGCUGGAGAAAGUUUGUCUCGACGUAUCCGUUGCCAUAGAUCUGCUGCCCGAGAUGCUUGCCGUGACGCGGAAAGUGUACGAUCGUACCCAGGAUCUCUACACCAAGUACGACCUGCACGGUUUACCCUGAACCCUUGGCAAACGACGAGUGCUUCCCUGCGGCUUGUGUUGAUAGGUUUCUGUUGCGCGCUUUUAAUCCGUUUUGUUUUUGUUUUAAGUAUUCGUUUUAAAUAAGUCAAUGUGAUUGCGUAAAGUAUUGUCACUGCUGAUUGCUUGUUGUGCUAUUAGAGGUAGCUUUCAUCAGGUACGUUGGAGCUGCUCGUGUGUAACGGAAAUCGGAUUUCCCGGAUCUCAGCAUCCCGAUAUUGAACCAAUUUGGCUGGAAUCGUAGAGAGCUAAUCGGGCAGCUGGAACUGCUCAAUUUAAACAGCUAACACUAGAUACAGAGAGAGAGCCCCCUAAUACCACUAAAAGACGCUUUACAUUCCAGUGAUUAGUCAUUUCUAAGUAGCACCUUAUAACCUGGAACACGCGAGAUACAGAUAAUUAAAAAUGGAAAUGGAAUGUGUUUAUUUUAAGAAAUAAAUCAUAUGACAAUAUCUGCGAAGCACUUAUCCGCCAUACUUAAAGAUUCUUUAUCGCACCAAAAUCAUACUGUUACAUUGAAUAAUCGAGCAGGUUCCUCCGUUGGAGAUUCACUGAUCAGCAGUCCUGGAGAGACAUGGAAGGUUAAUCGAUUAUCAUCACAGGGCAAAGGAAGGGCCACACACUUACCCGCAAUACAAGCCGUCAUAAAACAAGCUACUGACCCGGUGAACAUCGCACGCAUAGAUACGGACGUGAUCGCUGUUCGACGAUGUGGAACCAAGGCGCUUAGCACACCAAUAGAAAUGCCUAACGAACAAGGAUUUGCAAAGCCGCAGAUGGCGUACGUUGCAAUCGUGACGGAACGAGGCUAUGGGAUAAGAAUAAAUACGGUCAUUAGCUACGAGAAAGCUAAACAUUUUGACUAGCUGCGCGCUUACUGAAAUGGUUUGAUUGCGAAUCAGAGCUCCCAAUCUUUCGUACGCAACGAACUCGUUGAUGACCGUCUUGGUGCCGAUUAUCUCUCCAACGUACCCACUGUCCUCCCA